UAUUCUGAGCCCUGUGCUUAAGUCCCUAAACUGGAGAGGCACUGGAGGCACAUGGCUGGAGCCAGAAAUGCGAGGUGCUCAGCCACCCCAAAGAGACUUAGGUCCCCAAGGUCAGCCUACCACAUGCUCAAGGAGGUCCCAGUUCGCUGUCUCCAUCGCUCCCAUGCCUGGGAAGAGUUAAUCAAGGUGGUUGUCUACACACACACACACACACACACACACACACACACACACACACACACACGCCCUCCCCGGAUUCCAGGCCUGGCUUUUGCCCUUUCCCUUUCGGCUGCCCUGAACAAAGGCCCUUUCACACCCGUGUCCCGCUGUCCCAGGCUUUCUCUGAGUCAGAAGCUAGUGGAGAUCUUCUGUCAUCUUCCCACCCCAGCUACUUAGACCCAGGAAACCCGCGCGUGGCUAGCGUGGGGGAGCCGGGGGCGAGGUCGGGGACCCGGAGGAAGGGCCUGUGAUCCUGAGCAGCGCUAGGAUAUGCCAGGCCUUGGGGGCCAGAGCUGAGUAGUCGGGGCGGAGCUGCAGGGCCAGGCCUGCCGCCGCCGGGUUGAGUGUGACUCCAUAGGCCCGGGGGUGGGGGGGUCGGGGGGGGGACAGCCCUGCAGCUGGCUGGGACCCGGGUUGGUUUCCUGUCUGGAAGGGAAGGGGCCCGCAGAGGGGAGCAGGGCCAGCAGCCAUCAGGCACACCCCUGCCUUUCUCCCUCUCUCUCCUCCCUUCUGCUGGAAAAGCGAGGCCUUGGGACAGCACUAGCAGAGGAACUUUUUGUCACAGAAGCCAGAGGGGUCGAACAGGACUGCAGAGGGACAGGGACAGCCUCUUCAUUCUGUCCUAGAGCUGGCCACCUCUCUCAAGCCCAGGGAGCAGUGGGAGGAGGAGCUUUGGGACAGCGUGCUGACUACCUGGCGUCUCUCUGGGCAGCACGGGAAGGGGCUCUAGGGGACACAGAGAUGCAGGACAGAUUGCACAUCCUGGAGGACCUCAAUAUGCUCUACAUUCGGCAGAUGGCACUCAGCCUGGAGGACACAGAGCUGCAGAGGAAACUAGAUCAUGAGAUCCGGAUGAGGGAAGGGGCCUGCAAGCUGCUGGCGGCCUGCUCCCAGCGAGAGCAGGCCCUGGAGGCCACCAAGAGUCUGCUGGUGUGCAACAGCCGAAUUCUCAGCUACAUGGGCGAACUGCAGAGGCGCAAGGAGGCCCAGGUGCUGGGGAAGACAGGCCGGCGACCUUCCGACAGCGUGCCGCCCCCUGAGCGUACCCCUUGCCGUGGCCGGGUCUGCAUUUCUGACCUCCGGAUCCCACUCAUGUGGAAGGACACAGAAUAUUUCAAGAACAAAGGCGACCCGCACCGCUGGGCUGUGUUCCUGCUGCUGCAGCUUGGGGAACAGAUUCAGGACACCGAGAUGGUGCUGGUGGACAGGACUCUCACAGACAUCUCUUUUCAGAACAACGUGCUCUUUGCAGAGGCAGGGCCGGACUUCGAACUGCGGCUGGAGCUGUACGGGGCCUGUGUGGAAGAGGAGGGGGCCCUGGCUGGUGCCCCCAAGAGGCUCGCCACCAAACUCAGCAGCUCCCUGGGCCGAUCCUCGGGGAAGCGUGUCAGGGCAUCGCUGGACAGUGCAGGGGGCUCUGGGAACAGUCCCAUCCUGCUGCCGACCCCAACUGUAGGAGGUCCUCGAUUCCACCUCUUGGCCCACACCACCCUCACCCUGGCAGCAGUCCAAGAUGGAUUCCGUACGCACGACCUCGCCCUCGCCAGUCAUGAGGAGAACCCUGCCUGGCUGCCCCUUUAUGGUAGCGUGUGCUGCCGCCUGGCGGCUCAGCCGCUCUGCAUGACUCAGCCCACUGCAAGUGGUACCCUCAGGGUGCAGCACGCCGGGGAGCUACGGAAUGGGACACUCGUGCACGGAGUCUUGAAAGGCACAAACCUCGUGUGUUACUGGAGGUCUGAGGAUGCAGACACCGGGCAGGAACCGCUGUUCACGAUCGCCAUCAACAAGGAGACGAGGGUCCGGGCAGGGGAGCUGGAGCAGGCCUCAGAAUGGCCUUUCACCCUCAGCAUCAGCAACCAGUAUGGAGAUGAUGCGGUGACCAACACCCUCCAGGUGGAGAGCAGAGAGGCCCUGCAGAACUGGAUGGAGGCGCUGUGGCAGCUCUUCUUUGACAUGAGCCAGUGGAAGCACUGCUGUGAUGAAGUCAUGAAAAUCGAAACCCCUGCACCCCGGAAGCCCCCGCAAGCACUGGCCAAGCAGGGGUCCUUAUACCACGAGAUGGCUAUUGAGCCCCUGGAUGACAUCGCAGCUGUGACAGACAUCCUGGCCCAGCGGGAGGGCACAAGGCUGGAGACGCCCCCACCCUGGCUAGCCAUGUUUACAGACCAGCCCGCCUUGCCUAGCUCCUGCUCGCCUGCCUCAGUGGCCCCGGUCCCAACCUGGACGCAACCCCUGCCUUGGGGGCGACCCCGAACCUUUUCCCUGGAUGCUGCCCCCCCAGACCACUCCCUUGGGGCUUCUCGCUCGGUUGCACCCCUCCCCCCGCAGCGAUCCCCACAGUCCAGAGGCUUCUACAGCAAAAGUCAGCUCGGCGCAUGGCUCCAGUCCCCGGUGUGAGAGAGACACCAGCAACAGAAUCUGGCCAAGAAAGAAAACGAUGACCCAAGGGCAACUGGGCUCUAGGUCCAGCACUGUGGGGCGCCCGCCAGGCUCUUCUUCCUCCACUGGACUAGAAAGGAAGGCUGGGGAGGGGGUAACAGGAGCCCCUCUUAAGUUGUGGUUACCAUGGUACUGAGGGGACCAUUUCUGGAGCUGGUUGGGAUGCCCUAAGCUCUUCCUGGGAGAAAACUGGAACAACCCUGCCCUACCUCCCCGCACUAACCAGUCUCCAGGGCCGCACGAGGGAGCGGGGAGGAAGGCACCUCCUCUGUGACUCCUACAUCGACCAUUAAAGUUAUUUAACAGCUA